CUCUCAGACAAAGACCGACCGACUGGGUCAUCAUGGUUCGAAGGCUCGUAAGACUUACCAGUGCGCUAGUGUGGCUAGUGGCCGUGGCACAAAGCGGUGAAUCGGAACAGCAGCUCGACGCGGGCAAGAAAGUGGUGUGCUAUGUCGGAACGUGGGCCGUCUACCGGCCAGGAAACGGUCGGUUCGAUAUCGAGCAUAUCGACCCCACCCUGUGCACCCAUCUGAUGUACGGAUUUUUUGGCAUCAACGAAGACGCGACGGUGCGCCUGAUCGAUCCGUAUCUGGACCUGGAGGAUAACUGGGGCCGUGGACACAUCAAGCGGUUCGUGGCGCUAAAGAAUGUGGUGCCCGGCCUGAAGACGCUCGCCGCCAUCGGUGGUUGGAACGAGGGAUCGCGCAAGUUCUCGAAGAUGGCCGCCAGCGGCGAGCUGCGGAAGCGGUUCACGGACGAUGCAAUCGCGUUCUGCCAGCGACACGGUUUCGAUGGGAUCGAUCUGGAUUGGGAAUACCCGGCGCAGCGGGACGGCAACCCGUUGAUCGAUCGCGCCAACCACGCCCAGCUGGUGGAGGAGAUGCGGGAAGCGUUCGAUCGGCACGGACUGCUCCUGACGGCGGCCGUCGCUUCGGUGGAGUUUUCGGCCGGGCUGUCCUACGACAUCCCGCGGAUAGCGAAGAGCUUCCACUUCCUCAACGUGAUGGUAUACGAUAUGCACGGUGCUUGGGAGAACCACGCGGGGAUCAAUGCGCCGCUUUUCGCGGGUCUCGCUGACCAGACGGCAACCGAUCGGCAGCUGAACGUUCACGCCGCCAUACAGUAUUGGCUAGAUCAGGGCGCACCACCGGAGAAGCUCGUCCUCGGUAUUCCGCUGUACGGGCGCAGCUUUACCCUGGCCAAUGUGGCCAACUCGGAGAUCGGGGCCGCCGUCGUCGGAGGUGGCACGGCCGGUCCUUACACGCGCGAACCCGGAGUGAUGGGCUACAACGAGUUCUGCGAGAGGCUGCGCACCGAAUCCUGGGACUUGCGCUGGAGCGCACAGCAGCAGGCACCUUACGCCGUACGCAACAACCAGUGGCUCGGUUAUGACGACCUCCGAUCGGUGCAGUUGAAGGUCCAGUAUCUGCUGCAUCAUGGGCUUGGCGGUGCAAUGGUGUGGUCACUGGAAACGGAUGACUUCCGGGGUGUGUGCGGUGGCGGACAGUAUCCGUUGAUGCACGAAAUCCGCUCACUCCUGAACGGUGGCACACCAAGCGAACCGACGACUCCGCCGCCAACCGUUCCUCCGCCAACGAGUACCGCAGGAACGCCGUCAACUACUACCGUGGCCGGUGGUUCCGCGAGUGGACCGUGUGCUGACGGCCAGGUUGGCUUCGUGCCACAUCCGGCCGACUGUAGCAAGUACUACAUGUGUUUGGACGCACACACGUCUUUCGAGUUUAGCUGCCCGGCGGGAACACUGUUCGAUCCCAAGCUGAACGUGUGCAAUUGGGCCGAUAAGGUUAAUUGCAGCGUUAAAUGACUGGCUCAUGCGUAGAGAAGUGAUUCGUGGACGUAAUGAAGACGUAGGCUACAACUUAUUUAUGUACCAAACAAUUAUAAAAGAAAAGUAAACACAACAAAACAAACA